AAUUCGCCCCAUUGUGUACAUGAGACGGCUUGAAUCUCAGGAAAUGCAAAUUUUAAUAACCCAAUAGACCAUCAUAAAUCAAUUGGUUUACAGAUAAAACAUACUUAUAAUAUGUACCUGUUCAGCAAAAAAUACAUAAUGGGAUCUCCUAAGACAUGGGCAUUUCGCUGGAUUUAUUCCCAAAAUGGUGAACUACCCCAUUGUCUGAAACUCUAAAAUACUAUCUUCCAAGGGAUUUGUAGCAUUAAAAAAACCCAUUUGAGCAAUGGCAGAUGGCCAGAAUGUUUCCAAAAAGGGUAUGGAGGUAGCUAGAGAACGGCUGGAACAAUUCGCUAACAUGUUGCCUUCAUACAUCGAUGACAUUCCCACAGGCUUCUACGAUUCUCUUCUUCUGCAAGGUCUGCAAGUCGAUCAUGCAGAGCAUGGGCGCCUUCUCUGCACUAUCAAAGUCCCUCAACGCCUACUGAACGUUGGGAAUUCUCUUCACGGAGGAGCUACUGCAGCAUAUAUUGAUAUUAUAGGUAGUGCAGCAAUAUUCACUACAGGAGCUAAAUCAUCCGGUGAUUCAGUUGAAAUCAAUGUCUCAUAUCUUGCUGCUGCAAAGUUGGGGGAGGAGAUUGAAAUUGAAGCAAAGGUUCUCCGGAUUGGCAAAGCAAUUGCCUUUGCUGCCGUUGAUUUGAGGAAGAAGAAAACAGGGGAACUGAUUGCCCAGGGGCGUCACACAAAGUACCUUGCUGUGACUAGUAAAUUGUGACUUUCUGAAAUCAGUGACUCAAAAUCUAUCUUUUCCUGUUCUUUUCUAAGCCAGCUAUAUUACGAAUAAAAAAUGGUAAGGAACCUGAAAAUUGUAAAACCUAUCUCCUAAGAAAUGGCAAUUUGUAGGCCAUUUUGGUCUGUUAGGCACCCAGCAAAAGACAUUAAGAAACAAAAGCAAUUCUGUCCAUUUAUAAUAAUCGUGUCUUUAAAUCAUU